GCCGCCCUCGCGCCAGUCGCGCGCCGACACCUAUCCGUGACGCGCGUCUGUUCUACAACUUCCUCCAACCGAUCACCGCGGCUUUUCCAAAUUUGAAAUUCAAUAUUAUGCAGUGACUUUUGUGAGUGAUCAUGGUGACUGGUAUCCCUGGAAGCCCGCAGGGUGUCUCCAACCCUGUCGUCGCCAACAUGACUCCCCCGGCCGAGCAGAAGAAAACUGGCGAUAAUAGAAGGAGCAACAAGCCUAUCAUGGAGAAGAGGCGGCGCGCGCGCAUCAACAACUGUCUAAACGAACUAAAGGCGCUCAUCCUCGACGCCAUGAAAAAAGAUCCAGCCAGACACUCGAAGUUAGAAAAGGCGGAUAUUCUAGAAAUGACGGUGAAGCAUCUUGAGGGGCUUCGUUCGGAGGCGGCGUCGCCGGACCGGUUUCGCGCGGGGUACCGGCAGUGUGUCUCCGAAGUCGCGAAGUACCCGGGCCUGGAGACCGGGCUGCGGAGACGACUUGUGAGGCAUUUGGAGACCUGCUCGAAUAUCCCGGGUAACAGGCCGCCAGGGGCUCCCACACCGCCUUCUGAUACAGAAGACACAGCUCCUACUCAUUCUACUAUACUUAUUUCCGCAGGUCCCGGGUCAGGCGUGCGUGUGGUGCCAACUCGGCUGUCCAAUGGCGACAUAGCACUAGUACUGCCCGCCGGCCUCGGCACCAACACCCUGGAAGCAGUUCCCAACCUCGUGCCUCUCUCCCCGCGAGAUAUGUCGUCCUCUUCAUCCUCAGAACCCCGCUGUUUCUCCCCCGCCAGUUCCGGCUGGGGCACUCCCCCACCCCCCACUGACGAACCAGCCCCUCUAGCGCUCGUCACCAGAAAACAACCCCCCGAAGACAAACCCUGGCGCCCUUGGUGACACUCCCUCCAUUCCUAUGCUCGGAUUCUGUGAUAUAGAUUAAUUUACUGUAUAUAUCUACCUACAGAGUAUUAAAGUUCCUAGUAUAAACAUAAUUUUAUAUUGAAUAGAAAUAUUGAGGGUUUUAUAUUAAUUACGUGAGGUCAGUAUGAGUUUGUGUGAUAGUUCAUUAUUAGCAAAAGUCCUGAUUUGUAAGUUAAUUUUAAUUUAAUUUAAGUGUAUAUUUUCAUGGUUGACAUCUGUGGCAGUAUUUCAUGUAUGUACGUAAAGGGACAUCGAUCCCGUAUUUAAUGUUGUUUGCGUUAUUUAGAAAUAGAUUUUUAGGACUUAGUGCCAUGUACCUACAUAGUUUAUGUCAAUAUUUUAAUAUUGUAUUUUAGUUAGUAGCUAAUUUCAUUUCAUUAAACAAACAUGGCAGAUAGAAUUCUACGUGCCUUAUACAGCAAAAUCGUAUAGUCUUCCAUAAUAUGUUUAAGUUUUGUCGAUACUUCCAUAUACUUUUAUAUUUUCAUGAAAUCACAUUUUAGCUAAAUAAAACCAUAAAAUUUUUAUUCGCCAGAAAAAUGUAAGGCGUGAUAAUAUAUCUUUAUUCCUUUUUUAUAAGCUUUGAAAGAUUCAACAUCAAUUAUACCUAAUGGGAGUGUCGAAUUAAGUUAGUUUAUGUCGAUAGCAGUGUAAAAAUCGUAUUAUUUAAUAAAAUAAUAUGUUCAACAUACAAUUUGUUACCGAAUGAACCAGUAUAGUCGUAUCGUCUUCCUUUUGCCAGUUACCGCGCUCGGGCACUUAUUAAACAUUUAUUAUAUUAUUAUAAAUAAAACGAGUAAUUUUAUUCUAUAAACUUGUGGAACAGGCUUUUAUAUAAGGUAUGAUUUUAUCGCUCCGUAGAUUUUAAAGUUGUUCGAACAACCUUAAUUUUAAACGAUUAAUUUGCUGUCUGUAUCUGUUAAACAUAAUGCAAAUAAAGUGAUAUUAUUUAAGAUGUAUAAUUUUAUAAGAGUAAGCUGAUGUACCUAAAAGAAGUGAAUAUUGUAUAUAAAUUAAAGCAUUGGAUAUCUAAA